AAGGCUACGGCGCAACAAGGCAAAUGAGAAUUGCACUGCUCUAGACUUUUGCGAGGAAUGCAGUUCUUUCACUGCAAAAAAAAUGACCACCUCGUCCAGAGAAGGGGAAAAGCAGAUCCAGCCAGUUGGGGUGGGUCGCGUGGCCGUCCUCGGUUCUUGCGCGGCACGAACAAAAAUGCGCUUCUCCCAAAAGAACCGCGGCCCAAGUAUCCGGGGGAGGACCGGGGAAAGGCAGACGAAACCGCUCAGAGCUAGAUCAAGUGGUGACGUAAUGUUCACUGCAUUACGACGGUAAAAAGAGGAAAGCAGAGUUGUACAAAGACCACCGCCGGCGGAGCAUAAUGAUGAGCGGAAAUAAGACCACCAGCACCGCCAAGGACCGUAGUCUGCUGUGGUCGCUCCGCGGUGCGGCGGUUAUUUCUGCGUGUCACAAAAGGUGGAGAAGGAGAUCAUCAUCGUGGGCACAAAAAAAGCGGCUCCUUUUGGGGCGGUGCGACAGGGAGGUAUUCUUUCACGUUGGUGUCGAGACAACCGGGGAUCCAGACAAAAAAUAUUCAGCGGCGCAAAUAAGCCGCGAUGCACCGGCGGAGCUUUCGCCGCAGUCACCAAGUGAGCCACGAAUUAUACGAAAGACAAGAAGAAGCAGAAGUCGCAUCAGGGAUAAACUGGUUCGUUUUCCUGGUUCUCUUCGAUUAUACACGCUUGUAGCUGCACCGGGCAGGAGGGUCAAAGAGCAUCAAGGACGACGAGAGCUACCACCCGCAGCGACCACCAUGGGGACGCUGCAAGAGCACGUGCGAAAUUGUACUGGCGGAGGUCAACACCACCACCACCACCAUCGCAAAAGGCAGCUACGAGGGAAGGUCGGCUCUUUGUUACCAGGGAGAGCUAGUACCAGCGACGUCUUGGUCUACUCGAGGACGAAAUUAGCUCUACUACUAGUCGCGGCCUUUGCAGCUGCGGCGCUUGUGCUACUGCGAGGCAGCUUUUCUUUGUUCGCGUUUCUCGGCUUCGGACCGCCCCCUCCACAAUAUCCGCGAAAAAACGCCUCGUCGACCUUCUUCUUCGCCGACGCCAAGCGGCUUCGGCUCGGGCGGCGGGCACGGGGUUCAACAUACUAUUCAAAACCGGGAAAGACAGGUGGACCUGACCCCUUUUUCAACUUUCUGGCGGACGCACAGAUGCGCACCCUGCUGGAGGAGGACGGCAAAUUACCUCCGCGCCGUAUCCUGGGUGUAAAAUAAACGUAGCUGCCGUUUCCCCAGUCUUGAUGUCAUGCAAAUCUGCAUUAGUAUGGUAUCCAGAAGGUGUCUCAUACGCAGUCCCAUGACCACAAGCAUUUUCUAAUGCUGUUUGCCUUUAUUUGUCUUUGUCAUUCUCUAAUCAGGAUUUAAUUCGUAUUGCGGCCACGCUGGCCAAGCCCCACUCUAGUGCUCGGGAAAGCCGAACUUUGUCAUGCCAAAGCCCUAAAGCUGCUUCAUUUGUGUCCUGCAGAUUGUUUUGUACCUCGUAAGAGUACUUCUUUAUUACACAGGAUACGCGCGUCACCAAGUGGGUGCGUCGAGCAGACCAGCGAUGCGCGUUUGAAGAAGAUGCUAGAUGAGAAGGACAAGUGGCGCAACAGUAUGCCUGAGGGCUUCUGGACGGUCGACGCGCGGCAGGUGGACGGCAUCAAGAUCGGAUAUGGAUGUGUCAGAGUUGAAAUCGACAAAGUUGAAAUAAUUUGUCAUGCAUAAAACGGAUACCAGUUAUGCCUACAGUUUGUAGUCGAUGCAUGACAAAUCUUCCCGGUCCUGGAAGCGUGUCUGUCAUGCGGUUUAGGGCAAAAGACCUGCCUUCUGUCAUGCUAGUCAGAAGUCCAACUUUUGACCCUUACCAGGACCAUAAUCUGCCUCCCGUGCGUCCUCUCCAAUAGAGUCACUUUUUGUGUCGCAUUUUAUGCAUGACAAAUCAUUUCAACUUUGACGAUUUCAAUCCUGACAGUUCCACAUCGGACUGGAAGCGGAGGUCCGCGCGACCACAAAGUCGCGCAAGCUGAAGCUGAGUUCGGUGACCAUUCCCACCUGCGCGUUUGCCACCCCCACGAAGCUGUACUGCCUGGCGCAGGUGGAUGUGAAGCGCUCGACCAACUACGCCAAGAAUGUGGAUUUCGUGCGGUCUUUGUAUCUGAUCGAGUACAACGACCGGUGUGGGCCUUUUUUGACCGGUAAUCCUAGGGAUGCCGCGAAGGGCAGGCCGGGUGAUAAACCGCUCACUUCUUUCACGAGCGGCGACGAGAAAGUGCAGCAUUUUGGGCGCAACGCGCCGCUGGGGCGGAGCGGGAAAAUCCUUGGGGGGUCCGACACUUCGGAGGAUCCUCUUUCGCGCGGUGGAGAAAACCCGGACUCGCUGGGCCCGACCGGUGCGGCCGGUCCGGACGGCGCCAAGUGGAUUUUUGACUGCGCAAAGAUGACCGAGUUCCGCUUUUCCUCCAUCCAGCGGAGCCCCGGGGAGCCUAUGCACAGGAAACAAAUAGGUUUUUGUGUCUGGAAAGGUGUUGUUGUCAUGCUAAAUCCUAAACCCCAAACAGAUUUUACAGUAGUUAGCAGUGCAUGAACAGUUUUUGGAAAGGGAAUCCUGUGUUUUGCAUGGGACGGAGCGCAUUUUUGUAAGAAGUACAUACAAGCGACACGACCCUUUCGCCACAUGCAUCCCAACCCUCUACGGCCGUGUCAACAGCAGGCAGGCACUACAAAAUCUCGAAUCCUCCAGAUGAACACCAGACCACAUACUUGCAAAUUUCAUAUCCCCGGAGGGUGUGCGCUUCGAAAACAAGGGUUCCUUCCGGUGCGAAUCGUGGGGCGAGGUGAUCCGGGCGUGCGCCCACUGCAACACACUGUUUCGCCGGAUGACCUUCCGCACCGCGAACAUGCCGACUUUUACGGGCAGCUUGAUUACCGGAUUGCAUUACAACACGCUUCCGCGCUUGGCCCCCGCGCGGUCGGAGGACGGCCGGUUUUUGCUCGCGUGGCUCCCCCGCGAGCGGUCCCUGAUCGGGUGGCAGUCCACCCGCGGGUGGAAACUGAUCUGGAAAACGCGGCCGAUAUCCCGUGUAAAAACGUGUUUAUCCCAGAGUUGUCAUGCAGAUUUGCAAUGACAAAAACAUUUGUGAUGCGCGUCCCCAUGACAGGCAUUUUUAUUUCCAAUCGUGUCUUGGAAUUUGUAAUGCUGUAAACAGGAUAGGCAGCUGGAUUUGUAAUGCUGGCGUCCUUGCUAACCUGCACUACGCUACGGACUGCAACUUGUCAUGCGUGACUCCCAAAACUUCUAGGUUUGUGGUGCAAAAUCCCCACUAUCUUGCCUCGGGGGUGGGGACGUUUUUGCUCAGGAUAGCCGAGUGAGAAGAUUCAGAUCGUGCGCAUGAGUCUGGUCGGUUCCAAAAAGGAGAUGGUGUGGCUUGUGUCUUUGUACAUCAACAAUUCUCCGCACAUUCUCCACUUCGAACCCUACGUGUGGCUGACGGAACAUUGGGACCGGUUUUUGGACCUGGAGUGCAUCAACUUUCCCUCGGAGUACCUGCAGCAGAGCCAGGGCGCCGCCGCUGCCUCGGGAGGUGGUGGUGCAGGUGGUAACGCCGCGGGAAUAAACGGCGGUAGUAGCAGUGGCUACAGGCUGAGCGGGAGCAAGUAUUGGGAGCGUUUUGGCGAGUAUUACGAGUGCGCGAAGAGCUCGCACGCGGUCACGGACUUCAAGGAUUUCCUGCGACAGCAGUCUGUAUGGAUUGCAAAAAUGUCUGGGUCUGGAAGGAUGCGAACUUGUCAUGCGUGUUGCGGAUCAUACAAAAAUCUGUGUUGCAUGACUUGCAAAAGGUCGCCAUUUCUGGCCAUGCUGAGAGGGCAUUUCUCAUGCAGAAAAGGCAUCACCAAGGGGCUGCAGAACCUGUGAUGCUAUCCCCUGCAUUCCAGCCUUGGUGGAGCUUGGAAAAACUGCAUGACAAAUCUCGGAAUCUUCCCGACCCAGACAUAUUUGCAUUCCAUAGUCUGCGUUUGCUAACAAGCGCCGCAUCGAGGCGCACAACUUCAAGCGUAUGUAGUGCAAAACUAGUACAACUAUCGUACUCAUUGCAUGACGACCGAUCAUCUGGUUUUUCUAAAUGCUAUUACGAACGACACACAAGAAGGUCCAUUCUUCCUCUCGGAAAAAAAAUGUGAAUAACUUUAUGCCACGUACAUCUAGUAGUACGAAAGCUUUUGGUUUUUUCAGAUGCAUAAGGCCCGUGUUGCUGCAGAACGCGUGCCAGCAGCUGCAGCGGGCGUACGACUGCCAGUUGGAGCGGCCGUGCAGUUUCUUCAAGGAUCCGAGGCUGCUGAAGGCCCCCCCGAAAGUGAUGGACCCCGAGUUUCGGUUUGCGGAGUCUAUGCCGUCUAUGUCCAUUCUGAAGCCGAAAGAGGAACUGGCAAGCCCGCGACGAGGCGGUGGAGCUCGUGCCCGAACCACGACGGCGAUGUUGCCCCCCCAGAUGACGGGAGCGCAGACCGGAAUAAGUGGAGGACCACCUCCACCUGCAGCGCAAAUAGAAACACCACCUGCAGCGCAACAGGAAAAUAAUGGGGCGAACGUCAACGGCGCUGUGGACGCGUCUCUUCCCGACGCGGGAGAUGCUGGUGACCUAUCAAUUACAAAUAUGUCUGGGUCUGGAAAGCUGCAAGAUUUGUCAUGCAUCUCGGGGACCACGACGCACAUGGUGUGCAAUGCACACGAAAGCAUCAGAGAUUGUGCGAGACCUACCCCAUGCCUAUCCCGUAUGAGAAAUCCGCGUUUUGUCCAGCAAGAAGUGUGCAACUUUUGGUCUUUAUGCUAUACAGAUUUCUUUGUGCUUGAGACUUUAUAUUUGCAAUGCAUACGACCAGCAGACGAGCGAGCUACAGAUGGAACAGGAAGGCUUCGAGGAAGCGAAUGAAGUGGGGAAAAAGUCGUGGUCACAAAAGGAAGUCAAUCGCGCGACGGAAGGGGCCGCGCCUGAUAAAGUAGGUGCAAACGUCGAAAAUGAUCGUGCCCCGUCGAUAGCAGGAGAAGCUUCGGGUGGUCCAACUGUUACACCGUCUGCUAUACACGACAAUGAAGACGAGGAAUUUGUGGAAGAGCUGACGGAUUUGCUGAGGGAGUUUGAGAAACACCAGCGUCCUCCGGUCGUAGGGAACACGAACGGUGAGCAGGGUCGUACAGAAGCUGCAGCUGGCUCUUCAUUUAUCCAAGACAGCUACUUCGCUGCGCCCGACGAGCUGCCCCAAUCGACUUCCGCCGCGGCGCAUAUGGAAGCGUCAGGACCGAAAUCAACAAAAUCGAAAUAACUUGUGAUGCAAACAAUCGAUACCAGUCGGAGCCUGAGUUUCGAAGUGGUGCAUGACAAAUUUCGGGAUCACCAUAAUCCAGUCUGUCAUGCUGUUUGGGCAAAGAAGACCACUCCUGUCAUGCUACUCGGGCAGCGCAUCACUUUCCCCUAAACAGGCUCACAAUCGGCCUCAUUUGCCUGCUCCCCAACACAGGCCAUACGUGCCCUACAUUUUAUGCAUUACAAGUUUUUCGAUUCUGUCGAUCUCGAUCCUGACAUUCCCAUAGCGCAGUUUCGUGAGUGCAUGGAGGCCUCGCAGGAGCUGCACUGCAACUUCCAGUAUCAAAUGCAAAAAUGUCUGGGUCUGGAAGAUUGGAACACUUGUCAUGCACAUUUUGCAUGAACGAUUAUGACUGUACUGCAUGACCUAGCAUCAGAGAUUUUACGAGGGCUUCCUGAUGCCUAUACCGCAUGAGGAAUACCCCCUCGGCGUAGCAUAAACUGGACUCCUCUUGCGCCCUCAGCAAUACAAAUUUUUUUUGAGUCCAAAGACAGCAUGACAAGUUCCAUCCUCCCAGACUCAGACACUUUUGCAUUUGAUAUCCAGUCCUUGCUGCCCAACAUUCAAAUCCGCGACGUGGAAUUGCUCCGCCCGAAGAGCCACAACCGCUAUCUGGAGCACAAAAAGGACUUCUUCAAGAAGUACCAAAUGCGGAAGCUGCAGGUGCAAACCUCUGCCGGUCCGAACAAAGGAGCUUCAUCCAGUGGGGCGGAUGACUUCGAGCACGGCCACGGCCGCAGGGACGCGGACGGUGCGGAACUCGAUGAUCCGACGGAAGAUAGCCGCAAUAAGGAAACCGACAUCCGUCAGGCCUCCGUGCAUCCGUCCCGGAUCGAUACGAGCUGUACGUUAUCAAAUGCAAAUAUGUAUGGGUCUGGAAAGAUGCGCGGUUUGUCAUGCUUGGCUAACAUGGCGGGUAUGGUGGGGGCGAGAGGCAUGUAUGAGUUUUGCGAUGUAUUGGCAGAAAUACAUCGCAAAACUCAUACAUCAUACAUGGAAGAUUUGCGGAGAGCGCGACGGUUUCCGUGUACGAUGUACAAUGUAUGAGGUGCAAUACAUCAAUGUGCAACCCAAUCUCAUACAUCGUACAUCAUACAUUGUACACGGUCCAGUGUAUGAUGUGCGAUGUCUGAUACAUUGUGCAUUGAUGUAUCAUACAUUGUACAUCAAUGCACGAUGUAUGACAUUGAUGUAUCGUACAUCGUACAUUGAUGUAUCGUACAUCGUGCAUUGAUGUAUCAUACAUCGUACAUUGAUGCACUGUACAUGAUACACGGCACAAACAUUGAUGUACUGUACAUGAUACAUGGUACAUUGUACAUUGUACACUGGCUGCAAGUCGGGGCCGCAGAUGCGGCUCCGCUCGGACCAACCGGACUUUGCAACUGCAAGUCGGACCAGCAGAUGCGGAGGCGCCGGGGCCCGGCGCCUCCGCGCGGACCAUCAACUGGACUUAUUUGCAGCUGCAAGUCGGACCGGCAGUUGGGGAGGCGCCGGGGCCCGGCGCCUCCGCUCGGACCAGCCGGGCCUUGCCGCUGCAAGUCGGGUCAGAGGAUGGGAAGGCGCCGGGGCCCGGCGCCUCCGCUCGCACCAGCCAAGCUUUGCCGCUGCAAGUCGGGCCGGCAGAUGGGGAGGCGCCGGGGCCCGGCGCCUCCGCUCGGACCAACCGGACUUUGCAGCCGCAAGUCGGACCGGCAGAUGGGGAGCGAGGCGCCGGGGCCCGGCGCCUCCGCUCAGACCAACCGCGCUCUGCAGCCGCAAAUCGGACCGGCAGAUGGGGAGGCGCCGGGGCCCGGCGCCUCCGCUCGGACCAACCGCGCUCUGCAGCUCCAAGUCGGGCCGGGAGAUGCGCACCCGGCGCCUCCACUCGGACCAGCCGGGCUUUGCGGUUGCAAGUCGGAGCGGCAGAUGGGAAGGCGCCGGGGCCCGGCGCCUCCGCUCGGACCGCCCGGGCUUUGCUGCUGCAAGUCGGGGCCGCAGAUGCGGCUCCAACCGGACUUUGCAGCGGCAUGUCGGACCCGCAGCUACGGAGGCGCCGGGGCCCGGCGCCUCCGCUCGGACCAACCGGACUUAUUUGCAGCUGCAAGUCGGACCGGCAGAUGGGAGGCGCCGGGGCCCGGCGCCUCCGCUCGCACCAACCAAGCUUUGCAGCUGCAAGUCGGACCGGCAGAUGGGGAGCUCGGACCAGCCGGGCCUUGCAGCUGCAAGUCGGACCGGCAGAUGGGGAGGCGCCGGCGCAGCUGCGCCGGCAGAGGAAGUGCCGGUGCUGGUGCUCUGAGUGGUGCCAGCAGAUUCACCGGCCGGCGCAGCUGCGCUGGCAGGAAGAUCAGCUGCUGAGCUCGGAGCUCCAGCAUCAAACAGCUGCUUCGCUUGCCAACGCAGCUGCGCUGGCAGAGCAAGUGCUGGCGCUGGAGCUCUGAGUGGGGCCAGCAGAUCCAGGGAAGUCAGCUGCUGAGCUCGGAACUCCAUCCUCACACAGCUGUUUCGCCUGCCGGCGCAGCUGCGCCGGCAGACGAAGCACUGAUGCCGGAGCUCUAAGUGGGGCUAGCUAGCAGAUCCACCUGCCGGCGCAGCUGUGCCGGCAGGGAGGUCAGCUGCUGAGCUCGAAACUCCAGCAUCAAACAGCUUUUUCGCCUGCCGGCGCAGCUGCGCCGGCAGAGGAAGUGCUGGUGCUGGAGCUCAGAGUGGUGCCUGGCGCAGCUGCGCUGGCAGGAAGAUCAGCUGCGGAGCUCGGAGCUCCAGCAUCAAACAGCUGCUUCGCCUGCCGGCGCAGCUGCGCCGGCAGAGAAAGGACUGGCGCUGACGCUCUAAGCGGGGCCCGCAAACCCACCUGCCGGCGCAGCUCGCUGCGCCAACAGGGAGACGAGUAGCUGCUGGGCUCGGAACUCCAGCCUCAUUCAGCUGGCCAUGUAUGAUGUGCCAUGUAUGAUGUAUCAUGUAUCAUGUGCCAUGCAUGAUGUGCCGUGUAUGAUGUGCCAUGUAUGAUGUGCCAUGUAUGAUGUGCCAUGUAUGAUGUACCAUGUAUGACGUACCAUGUACCGCGCACCGGGUACGCUGUGCCAUGUAUGAUGUAUGAUGUAUGAUGUACGAGGUACAUACAUCGCAGAAUUUGCGAUGUAUGAUGUACAAUGUAUGAUGUACAAUGUAUGAUGUACAAUGUAUGAUGUACAAUGUACAAUGUAUGAUGUACAAUGUAUGAUGUACAAUGUAUGAUGUACAAUGUAUGAUGCACAAUGUAUGAUGCACAAUGUAUGAUGUACAAUGUAUGAUGUGCAAUGUAUGAUGUGCAAUGUAUGAGAGUGAGGUCGUUCUCCGCAAAUCUUCCAUGUAUGAUGUAUGAGUUUUGCGAUGUAUUUCUGCCAAUACAUCGCAAAACUCAUACAUGCCUCUCGCCCCCACCAUAUUGAACAUGGCUCUGGGGUCUGUCAUGCACGUUGCCCAACAGCCCCAAUGCUCUGUGAUGCAGAAGCUCACUUUGUCAUGCAGAAUAUACAACACUGAGGCAGCUCUAAAACUUGUCAUGGUUGGCGGCCAAUUGAGGCGUCCUCGUCCUCUUUCUCGACCAGCAUCACAAGUUUCCAGACAUCCAGGAGGGAUAUUUGGCGCACUGCAUAAACGUUUCUCAAGGGUGGCGAGCUCGUAAACGGGUACGACGACGCCGUCGAGAGCAAGGAUACGAACAAGCGCCGGGCGGUGGUGCCCUGCGUGGGGGUGGGGCUCACGGCCCGGCUGGAGACCUUCUCCGAGGAAGAUAUGUUCCCCGACGGCUUGGUCAGGUUCGUGAAGGUAUAAUGGAAAAUGAACAUGUGCCUAUCUAUGUAGUAAAAAGAUGAAUAUUAACAACAAAAAAAUGUGGCCACGUUUCAGUUUGAAUAUGGGUUUGCAUGUAGCUGCACGAAGACCAGCACAUGAAAAAAAAGCUGCAAAAUAAAUGCUUUGUGCUUCUCGUGUGUGGAGGUCUGGGUUGCAAAAAACUUCCUGCUGAUGUUGAAAAAGGUUGGCCUCUUCUUCGGCUGCGGGUGGAUACUACAGUGAAAAAUGCCCCCACCCCUGAACUUGCGAGCAUUGGUAUUGCAAACCCUUCCAAUGGAAACAUUCCCCGUCUUGCAUAUAUCAGCAUCACAGAUUUUCCAUGCUGAAUAGCUCAAAUACAAAUUUGUGGCGCAGAGGAGCCCAACAGCAGGCGGAUCUGUUAUGUGAGAGAUACCUUGCGCGCUUAGAUUCUGCAUCAGAAAGGACUCGCAGUCCUUUCAUGCAAGACAAAAAGCUUCCAUUCGGAAACUUUGCAUGAGAAAUUCCGGGGUGGUGGCGUUUUUCAUUGUAAUAGUGGACGCCGUUUAACGACUUUUCCUACCCGCCACGGGUCGUCGAGUUUUAUUCCAGCCGGGAACUGCCAAACUGGCCGCGGGCCGCGCACGGGCGCAUUUGGCUGGCCCCGGAAACCCGCGUCGGCGGGCGGCUCAAGGCUCGAUUCCUAGCGGGCUACGCAGGCGGGCCGGGGGCGAUGCGGCAGGGAAUGACGGGCGCGUCUACGGUGCAUCCUGUCACCAUGCUGAAGAACCGGCAGAAUGACCAGAGCGUGGGACGGAUCGUCGCUACGAUUGAGACGGAUGUGCAGAAAAGCGAACGCAUGCUGUCCACGCUCCGGAGCCGCAACAGGGUCAACAGGGAGGGCGUAUCAAAUGCAAAUAUCUACUCCGGGUGGUCUGGAAACUUGUGAUGGUAAAAUGUGGAUGAUUGAAACACUUUCGAAUGCAACCAAGCAUGACAACUUUCUACCGGCGCGCUCUCGUCUCAUAUGCAGCUCGCGUGAGAAGCUGCGGUUUUGUAUGACGCACGAGCCUGCGUUUUGUGUUGGUCAUGCAAAAAAGUACAGACUCCACAAGAAAAAUGUAAGACCAGCAUUAGCACAAGUUCAAGUUCGAACGUUCCAGAUCCCUGCAUUUUAUUUUAUGCAAUGCAUAGGUCGUGCGGGCCACGGAGGCCGUCAUGGAGCUGAAGGAGGAGCACCAGUGCGACCCGUCCGCGGCGCUGCGGCGCAUCGUCUUCGAGGUCAGCGCCGUAUGACAGUGCACAACACAACUCGUCCCCUUCCACUUCCUCCUCAUCUGUACUAUGGCAAGAACUACAGCAACACAAGCAACGGCAGCUACGUGGCUUCCGCAUGACAAUAAAUCUGCGCUUGGGUCAGAGUACUGCUUGAGCUUGUUCCAAAAGUUGGCAUGCAGACACUGCCUAAGAGCAGGAUGUCGACUUGGUACUAUUUUGCAUCACAAAUGAGGGGAAGUAGGGGGGGUUGGGCACUCUGAUGCGCCGGGACGUCUACGGAAUCGGUCACGGACACGGCGACCGGGACCACCUACGAUGGGAAGUGGCGGACCGUGAUGCAGCUGCCGCACGUAUCUUAAGUAAACAGGGCCGCAUCGUCCCACGACAUUCGUCAGGCAAAUUUGCAGUUACAGAAAGAAUUGUAUAUCCGCAUCCCCAUGAGUGGAAUUUGUAAUGCUGUAAACAGGACAAGCAGACGCCUUUGUGAUGCUGCUGCACUUGCUCUAUUGCAUUAAAAUACAGAGUGAAAGAACUUGUCAUGCGUGACUCCCAAGAAAUGUUCUUGCUUUGUAAAAAUGAGGGACCCCGAUCGCGAUCUUGACUCUGGUAAGGUCGUGGGGAAGAUGUUUUUACACAGGACAGCGCGCCGAGUCUUUCCAGGCGCCUUUCUCGAUGUUUGGGUUUGUAUCCUGUGCAAAAGUAUCGUACUCGUAUAAAUGCAAGUCUUCCGUGACAAAUAUUUUUCUGAAGGUAAAACCGCACUACAAAUUUUAUUUCUCAUGCUGGGAAAAUUUGUAAUGCAUUUAUACGAGUACGAUAGUUUUGCAAUUCAUAGUUUGACCUGAUCAACGACUUCGUCCUGUCGCGGUACGUAUCAAAUGUAAAAAUGUCUGGGUCUGGAAGAUUGCCAGGUUUGUCAUGCACAUUUUGCAUGACUCCUGAUGUCUGUGAUGCAUACCCUAGCAAUACAGAUUUUCUGGGGGCUUCUUGAUGCCUAUUCCGCAUGACAAAUUCCUUCUCAGCGUAGCAAAAAUUGCAUUCCGUUUGCUACUCAUGCAAUACAGAUUUUUUUGGAAUCUAGAUACAGCAUCACAAGUUGCAUUCUUUCAGACCCAGACAUUUUUACAUUUGAUACUCGGGGCAGACGAACCACGUCGGACGGCAGGUACUGUACACCGUGUCCACGGAUUUGGGAAUCAUGACGCAAACCUAUGCUGAGCAAAAAUGACUCCACCCCAUAGUCAAGUUGGUAAAUCUGCAACACAAAUCCCCAAGUCUUGGGAGUUGUGCAUGACAAGUUUUCAUCUGCAGUGUAGUGGUGGUUAGCAAGGGAAGCCGCAUGACAAACCCACUUUUUCAUUCUGUUUACAGCAUGGCAUCAUGUGCCAAAACACGACUGGAAAUGCCUCUCAUGGAGAUGCGCACUACAAACGUUUCGGUCAUUGCGCAUUUGCAUGACAGCCCUGGGCGGCUGGGGACGUCUUUACAUAGGAUAAAACCGGCAGCGACCUGCGCGUGUGGGAUCACCGGGUGUCUCUCUCGUCCCUGACCGCAGAGUUUAUCUCGCCCACCGCGUUGUCCGUCCGUGCCUCGGCGUCGCACCCACGGCUGCGAAUCGGCUGCGAAUUUGA